AUGGACAGGUGUGGGAACUGUGUGAGCACGUUGACGGUGGCGCUGAUGGAGCUCACGUGGUUUUUGCAUUGUUACAACAGUAACAACCUGAAGAACUCUAUGAUGGAAGAAAACUUUGGACUUGCUGUUCCCUCGCCCGGAUGUGGGUCACCGGUGCCCCACUCUGGAGCCAGGCCUGGAGGGGGGUACAAUGGCGAGUGCCUGGUGACUGGGCUUUUAUCCAUGGAUCCCGGCCGGGCUCAGUCCAAAGAGGAGACAUGGGUCCCCCCUCCCAUGGGCCCAUCACCUCAAAACUUUGAACAUGUUCCGGUGGAGAUGCGGUACAUUGAGUCUGAGUGGACCGUGUUCCGUGCCUCCAUUGCGGAGGCGACUUAUCGGAGCUGUGGCCGCAAGGCUAUGAGAACUCAUACGGGUGAAAAGCAGUUUACAUGUGUGACCUGUGGGAAAAGUUUUAUUCGAAAACAUCAUUUAACUCAGCACAUGAUGAUCCACACUGGUGAAAAGCCGUUUUCAUGUGUGACCUGUGGAAAAAGUUUUUUUCACAAACAUCAUUUAACUCGGCACAUGAUGAUUCACACUGGUGAAAAGCCGUUUUCAUGUGUGACCUGUGGGAAAAGUUUUAUUCAAAAACAUGUUUUAACUCAGCACAUGAUGAUUCACACUGGUGAAAAGCCGUUUUCUUGUGUGAGCUGUGGAAAAAGUUUCAGUGGAAAAUACAAUUUAACUGAGCACAUGAUGAUUCACACUGGUGAAAAGCCAUUUUCAUGUGUGAACUGUGGAAAAAGUUUUAUUCGAAAACAGGAUUUAACUCAGCACAUGAUGAUUCACACUGGUGAAAAGCAGUUUACAUGUGUGAACUGUGGAAAAAGUUUUAUUCAAAAACAUGUUUUAACUCAGCACAUGAUGAUUCACACUGGUGAAAAGCCGUUUUCUUGUGUGAGCUGUGGAAAAAGUUUCAGUGAAAAAUACAAUUUAACUAAGCACAUGAUGAUUCACACGGGUGAAAAGCCGUUUUCAUGUGUGUCCUGUGGAAAAAGUUUUAUUCGAAAACAGAAUUUAACUAAGCACAUGAGGAUUCACACGGGUGAAAAGCCGUUUUCAUGUGUGUCCUGUGGAAAAAGUUUUAUUCGAAAACAGGAUUUAUCUAAGCACAUGAUGAUUCACACUGGUGAAAAGCCGUUUUCAUGUGUGACCUGUGGAAAAAGUUUUAUUCGAAAACAGGAUUUAACUAAGCACAUGAUGAUUCACACAGGUGAAAAGCCUUUUUCAUGUGUGAACUGUGGAAAACGUUUUAGGCAUAAACCGACUUUAACUCAGCACAUGAGAAUUCACACGGGUGAAAAGCCGUUUUCAUGUGGACAUUGUGGAAAAAGCUUUAGUAAUAAACAGUGUUUAAUUCGGCACAUGGCGCGUCACACAGUUGAAAAGCUGUAGAAGUAUGUUCCAUAAAUGUCCUAUGUUGUAUUUGUUAAAUGUGAUCAUUUUGAU